CCGACUGCUCCAGGGAACAGCCUGCUCCAGGGAACAGCCGCUGCCGGCUUUCCGGAGCAGUGACUGGGACAGGGGAAGAGGGGCGCCGUACCCGGAGCAGGAGAAAUGCUUUCAUGGGGGCUGGGAGCAAUCUGAGGUCUGUUAGUUGGUUCGUCGCAGACAGCGCUAGAUCUCGUCCCCCUGCAGGCUCUGGGCUGGCGAAAGGGAACAGCCCCAGCCCUGGUAGCUCCAGCCGCACAGUUAAGGGGGCUCAGGUGUGGAUGACCCUGGGAAGGGAAGGGAAAGCCAGGAGGUGUCUUUUUCAGCCGCUGCGGAACCUGGAGUGCAGAGUCCCAACUAAGGUCGUCUAAGGGCCCAUGGCGUGGCUCCUGAGACUUUGCGGCUUGCUCUUGGCUCUCGGCAGCUGCCUCGUGUGGACAGUGCAGGCGGACUGCAGCAAGGACUGCGCCUCCUGCUCCUACCGGCUGGGGCACCACGCGGACAUCAACCCCCUGGCAUGCACACUAGAAUGUGAAGGAAAACUGCCUUCUGCCAAAGCCUGGGAAACCUGCAAGGAGCUUGUGCAAUUGACUAAACUGGAUCUUUCUGAGGAAGGCAACAGUGUUCCAGGGGACAACAAGAAAGAAGAAGAGGAGAACCAUUUGCUAGCAAAGAAGUAUGGGGGCUUCAUGAAAAGGUAUGGUGGCUUCAUGAAGAAAAUGGAUGAGCUUUAUCGUGUAGAACCAGAGGAGGAAACAAAUGGAGGAGAAACCCUUUCUAAAAGGUAUGGAGGGUUUAUGAAGAAAGACUCCAGUGAUGACACUCUGGUUAAUUCCUCAGAUCUCCUGAAGGAGCUUCUGGGAACAGGGGCCAAGGCUGAAGCUUCACCUUACCGACAGAUCAAUGAUAAUGAUGGGGAGGUCAUGAAAAGGUAUGGAGGCUUCAUGAGAAGCUUCAAGCGCAGUCCAGAACUGGAAGAUGAAGCCAAAGAGUUGCAAAAGAGAUAUGGCGGCUUUAUGAGAAGAGUAGGGAGGCCAGAAUGGUGGCUGGACUACCAGAAACGAUAUGGUGGAUUUCUUAAGCGCUUCUCUGAUUCUUUUCUCCCUUCAGAUGAAGAUGGGGAAAGUUAUUCCAAAGAGAUUCCAGAGAUGGAAAAGAGAUAUGGUGGAUUUAUGAGAUUUUAAUACCCUACCUUUUAACCCUUUUGUCCCAAAUGAGAGACACUGCCUCACUGGUCAUAAUUUAUUGUAAUGUGUUGCUUGUACUGUACAGUUUUUUACUGUCCUAGUUAAUGAUGCAGUCUGUUGUUUCAGGUUCUGUGUUCUUUGAAGUUAAUAACUUCUGUUUUAGUCAGAUUUAAAACUAUAUUGUAAUUUUCAUGCUAAAACUAUUUUGGUUACCAUAUCCCUUUUCUUUAAACACUACUGCACAUCUACAGUACAAUUGCUUAAUUGUAUAUAUAAUAAAUUCUUCAUCCUA